ACACACACACCGACGACUUUAAACAGCAGUGGUCAAUCGACAACAACUGAGACAGGUACAAGCGCAGUCCGCCAUGGAUAAAUGGAAGUGUAUGUGUGUUGGUGUUAUUUUGUUCCUAUUUAUCGCGUUGGUUUCGGUUCAUCACAGUACAACCGAUUCUAGUUAUACAAUUAGCCAACGGGAGCCUAGUUUCCAACAGUCUUCUCUCCAAAUCAGCAACGACGAAUUCGGAGUGGAGAACCCGCUUCCUUCCGAGAACACACUGCGACAGCAAUCGGUGGAAAAUGUGGCUGAAAUAUAUCACAGAUAUGUCAACGAUCUCCAAAUCUUUUGUCCUGUGAAGCCGAUCUAUGCUGGCAUAAAUGCUGGGUGGCAGAUCUGUUCCAUACCGCGCAAAGUUGCUCCGGUCACGAUCUAUUUCAUAAGUCAGACCAAGGAUGACGUCAUAGCUACAAAAUUUCUGAAGGAGAUCGCUGUUGAUACACACGCGAAGACUGUACAGAUACCAAGAAGGACGGUACAGACUGCUAUGACAGAGAGUUCUCCGUCCCAGGCCACUUUACCAGUGUAUGAUAUGAUAAAACAGCCUACGAUCGACAUUUUGUUAAUACACGCAGGGAAUCUCUCUACAAAUAUUGUCGAUUGGUUGGAUAGAAAGAAUGCACUAGGGUCAGUCGACCAGCUGAUUGUCAAGUUUGAGAGCGUUAGUGGGUCCUCAUCCCAGAGCGACUAUAUCCGGGAGAUCCUGUUGUUAUCUCGUCUUUAUGACCAGGGAUUUCGGAUAUUUCACAUUUCACGUGAUCCAAAGCCAGAGUGUAUUUAUAAGCUCAACGGACGUGACGUCACUGGCUGUUACAUCAUAUAUAUGAUGCGAGGUAGAACCACUAUACCACCAAUAGUCAUUCCGUCGACCGAUAAACUGAAUAAGAUGUCUGCAACAACAAACGCUCUGCUGUAUCACAGCUACUCACUCUCAACUCAAGUACUGUGUAAAGACGUAGUACGUGUGGGGGACAUUAACGACGGUGGCUGGGAGGUAUGUAACGACACAGACUAUCGACCUUCUCCCAAGUGUCUCGUCUACUCAUUUGGGAUAGCGAGAGAUUGGACGUUUGACGAAGAGGUGUCCCGGAUAUAUGGGUGCGAAGUUCACGCCUUCGAUCCAAGUAUUGGUCUUAACGAUCACAAACACUCUGAGAAGGUAUGGUUUCAUAACCUCGGCUUGUCCAACUUUAACGGUCAACGAGGAAGCUGGCAAAUGAAGACACUCGCCUCCAUCAAACAGAUGUUGGGACAUUCCGACCGUGUUUUGGACUACGUGAAAAUGGACAUUGAAGAGAGUGAGUGGAGCGCUAUAGCAGAUAUGCUGAGUUCUGGAGUAUUGAAAAAUGUUCGUCAGCUUGCAGUGGAGUUCCACUCACCAAAUGUGACACCUGGAAAGCACUAUAUAACGAAACUAGGGCUUCUAAACCAACUAUAUGAUAACGGAUUCCAAUUGUUCUGGGCACAUCCUAAUCAGAUGAGAGGUAACCAACGACGACUACCAAGAACGAACAAAGAUGUCACAGUAUGUUAUGAACUGUAUUAUUUAAAUACUAGAUUUACAAGGAGCUGAUUGUCACCAACUCUUUAUUUUGUAUUUACUGACACAAAUGAACGGAUAGUCGAGUACAAUACACAUAUACACUGUACUAUGUACACAUCAUAGAGACAGUACACAUACACACUGUACUAUGUACACGUCAUAGAGACAGUACACAUAUACACUGUACUAUGUACACGUCAUAGAGACAGUACACAUACACACUGUACUAUGUACACGUCAUAGAGACAGUACACAUAUACACUGUACUAUGUACACGUCAUAGAGACAGUACACAUAUACACUGUACUAUGUACACGUCAUAGAGACAGUACACAUAUACACUGUACUAUGUACACGUUAUAGAGACAGCACACAUAUACACUGUACUAUGUAACACAUCAUAGAGACAGCACACAUAUACACUGUACUAUGUACACGUCAUAGAGACAGUACACAUAUACACUGUACUAUGUACACGUCACAGAGACAGUA